AUGUCCGAUCUUCUGCCCUAUCUUUUCUGGGAAAAGCAAGAGGGUUACUUAUGUGCCCAACAUUGUCUUAACGCACUUCUUCAAGGCGAAUAUUUUACAGCCGUUGAUCUGAGCGAUAUUGCUCGAGACCUAGAUGAAGCAGAAUUGGCUGCGUUGAAUAAGACAGACGAACACAAUGAGGGAAGCGAAGCAAAGAAGAGUCAGAAUAUGGACGAUACCGGAUUUUUUUCAGUCCAGGUACUCGUCAAUGCAUUGAAGAUAUGGAAUAUCGAUAUAAUUCCAUAUGGUUCAGAAGACUGUGUCGAUGCGCGUAUUCAUCCAGAGAACGAAAUUGCAUACAUAUGUAAUCUGCACGAACACUGGUUCACUUUGAGGAAGUUUGGUAAUAGUUCUCUGCGUUGGUAUAACUUAGAUUCUGUACUAAAAGGCCCGGAAUGGAUUAGUCAGACUUAUUUAGGAAUGUUAUUGACCCAAUUAAAGAAUGAUGGAUACAGCAUAUUUGUUGUGAAGGGAAUAUUUCCUCCAUGUCAGGCUGAUGACUAUGCAACCUCUCACCCGGAAGCUAACGGAAGUAAAAAGAGCGCGGAUACUGAUGAAGAAAUGCUGCGCGCUGCUAUUGCAGCAAGUCUUUUGCCGACAAAUGAUAUACAACAGGAAUCAUCCAGUUCAAGUCAAGCUGAAAUCAACAGCCAGUCUACAACAUCCUCCUCACCGCCGCCAACACUAGAAGAACUUAGAAUAAGACGGCUUGCAAGAUUUAGUUAG